GGACCGCACGCGCGAGCUGGCAGGGUGUAGAUUAUUGAGAAGCUGUUAAGCGCUGCACAACUUAAAGCACGUCGCGCCGACCCUGUUCAGGACGUGCUGACGCUAGAAGAAAUUCACGAUGUCGCCGCUCCCCGCGUGCAACCCGAGUUGCGUGUGCCGGCAGCAGCUAGUGUCUGUGCAAAAUGCAAAAGCAGCAGUGCCAGCUCGCUUCGCGGCGUGCAACGCGGACCUGCUCGCUCGUCGCCGCGUGCACCUGAACGCAGCGUCCUCGGAGCUGCCGUCGUCCGCGUCCGCGGCGAACCCGAAUGUUAUUAAUGGUGCCACCAACAGCCUGGUGGGCGAUGCAGAGAAUUUCUGCAUCAUUGAAAACAGCGAGACCGUCAAGGACUUCGCGAACAUGCAGCUGAACGAAAUCUCCACCAACAUCCAGUCGCGGCGCAACAAGAUCUUCCUGCUGAUGGAGGAGGUGCGCCGGCUGCGCAUCCAGCAGCGCCUCAAGGGCGGUGAUGCCACCAAGGAGCAGGAACAGGAGCAGGAGAAGUACGUGUCGGCUCUGCCGCUCAUGCCGCCGCUGAGCCAGAAGACGCUGAACACCUACUACACCGCCUACGCGGGGCUGGUGGGCGGCAUCAUUGCCUUCGGCGCGCUGGUGGCGCCCAUCCUGGAAGUCCGGCUGGGCUUUGGAGGCACCACCUACCUGGAAUUCGUGCAGUCCAUGCACCUGCCGCGUCAGCUGGCGCAGGUGGAUCCCAUCGUGGCGUCCUUCUGCGGCGGCGCGGUGGGCGUGCUGAGCGCGCUGCUGGUGGUGGAGGUUAACGGCGUGGAGAAGCAGCAGAAGAACAGGUGCUUCUACUGUGAGGGCACGGGCUACCUGAGCUGCGGCCACUGCGUGGGCUCAGGCCUGGACCCAGACACCAAGGAGGCCUGCCCCUACUGCGCCGGCAGCUCCAAGGUCAUGUGCACCUCCUGCCUCUGCACCGGCAAGCAGCUCGCCACGGAGCACGACCCCCGCAUUGACCCCUUCUGAGCAAGCCCUGAUCGACCGGGCGAGGCGGAGUUAGCGGCAGCAGCGGGCAUUGACUGGGCCUGCGGUAGGGUGACUCGACAGGCUAAGCAGCUGUGGCCGGGUGCGGGUGUGUCCACGUAAGCCAUGCAAACGGCUACCAGGUUUGAGUUUGCAUGGAUGGCGUCAUCAAAGCUGGUGGUGAGGAUGUGUGUGCGUAUGUAUGCCAGACUCAGCAAGCGCGCAGUAUAUCAAAACAUCGUGAGUCGAGGAGUCAGUAUGUUGUUGCGGGCUUAUUCGUUGCGGUCCUAGAUACGAUAUGCGGUACGCUCCUGUGUAUACGGCGAUGUUGCAAAGCACAACUGGCGAAGUGCGGUACAGUAAUAGAACCCACCAACACCAGAGAUCUGGGCCAGAUAUGGAUGUGCAUGAGCAGCAAGGUGGGGCCCUAGGCAAGUGCGGUGGCCUCAGGAGUUCAGAUUGAAACGGCUGUGUGGUGUCCGAAGCGAUGCCGCAGGAGACAGAAGUGAGCGAUACGAAGAUUGCGAGUAGGGGUGGUGAGCAGGAGCUGUUGUUUAGUUUGCGAAUGGCAGCAGGAACUUGCCCGCAGGAAUCUAACAUGAAGUGUCUUUACAAGUAUGGGCAGCUUAUGUGGCUACGGCAGCUUAAGCCUGAGACGAGGGAGGCGUGGCCGUAUAUGUUUCAAACCGGUGACAUGCGGCUUUGAUAUAUGCUGUGGUGUUACUACCGUCUGGGACCGCCAAAUCAUAACUUGACCGCCCUUUGGCAGUUGGCACUGUGGUGAGAGUUAUGCGAACGUUCCGGAGUUUUAUGUGCAGCAGCAGUUGUCCAUUCCCCCACAAGUGCAUGGGGCUGCUUGCUCCCGGAGGUUGUAUGAACCUGAACAUUCAGUUGUGGCUGUGGCAGUGUGGCACGAAGUGCGGCGUGUCAGGAGAAAUGAGAGCAGAAGCAUGGCGAAGCGACGACGGCUACAACGUGUUGCAUAAACAAUUCGGCUGUGGGAAGGCUGUUACUGACCAACACAAGGACAGCGCAUUGUCAGGUGCGCCGUCUUUAUUUGGCGUUGUGUCGUGAAACUUCAGGUUUGUCGCAACCCAGCAAAUCAGCCGAAAGAGAGGUGGUACGCCAUGAUGAGCAAGGAUGCGAAUUACAAGUGAAGGGACAGUCCGACAAGCGGGGGCACACCGUACCCACGCCGCGAGGGACCGUCUCCGGCCCAGAGAGAAACACCCACCCCCUGGUUGACUGCCGACCUUCAUAGCGUUACGCGCAUGAGUCGAAGCCAAGCCGAAGCCCGCCAAAGCCCCACCGCCGCGUAACACCCCUCAUCUCGUUGAGCAUGAGCAAGACACUGUAAAGUGAAGCACUG